AUGCAACAGUCACGCCCCUCGGUGCCACCGCCAGAGUACACGCGACAAGACCCAGCAAGAUCGACAGCGACGCCAUCGACACCGUCAACGCUGUUAAGUUCCUCCCGAACACCUUCGUCUCAGGUCAAUCCACGCAAUGUCCAGUCACAAGCCCAGACUCAACCCCAGUCGCAGUCAACGCCAGUGACUGAGCACUACGCUCCCACUUCCGCCACAUCCACAACCAAGGAUCCAGACUACGCCCGUCCGCCCUCACCCACUCCAAGCACCCAAACAACCGCCUCGACCAUCCUUCCCAGCUAUGCCGAUACAGGCAGCUACAAAGGGUUCCCUAGCGAGGCAGCAUACAUAGCUGCUCUGACCGAAUGGGCCGAGCACAAGAAAUACGUUCAACCCAGUGAGGAAGCUCAAACACUGUCUGGCUUCUUUGGCUACAAGACCAUGGAGGACUAUACCGGCCCAAGGACUCCGCGAGAUGCGGCAAGAACCAGGAGGAAGUCAAGUCAAGGUCAAGGUCAAAGAGGAGGGUUCGUGGGCUUCUUCAAGAACCUGGCUAAGAAGGACGAAGGAGGUGGACAUGCCGAUUGA